AUGAAGUUCUUCGCUAUCAUCGCCGCUGCUCAGCUCGCUGCUGCUCUUCCUCUCGCCAAAGAGGCUGAAGACACCAAGGCCUGCUCCCAAACCGAUGUCGGCUGCACAGUCACACAGACUCUAGGAUCUUCUGGUCUUCCCAUCAAGCGCACCAUUGUCGAUGACCUUGGACUAGGCGAGAAGGAGAAAGAGGAGGAGAAGCCCGAGGAGAAGGAGGACGAGGAGGACGAGGAGGAGAAGCCUUCUUACUACGUCACUCCCUCCAAGGAGGACUUGAGCUACGACGAGCUUGAGCCCGAGAUGGAGGAGUACUCCGACGCCAUCCCCGAGAUGACCGAAGAGACCACCGACGAGCUUUCCUAUGACGAACUCUCCAAGAGGACUCUCGGCGACUUGUUCGGCAUGGACGACGAGGACUCUUACGAGGAGACCAAGCCCGAAGUCACCAGCUCCGCCUACGAGGCUAAGCCCACGCCCAGCCAAGGUUACGAGCACGCUCCCAAGCCUUCCAUGGCCUACGAGCAUGUUCCUGAACCCAGCAAGGCCUACGGUGCCGUCCCAACCCCCAGCAAGGAGGCCUACGAGCAUGUUCCCACUCCCAGCCAGGCUUACGGCGCUGUUCCUACCCCCAGCAAGGAUGCCUACGAGCAUGUCCCCGAGCCUAGCAAGGCCUACGGCGCUGUUCCUACCCCCAGCAAGGAGGCCUACGAGCACGCUGAGCCCAGCAAGGCCUACGGCGCCGUCCCCACUCCCAGCAUGGUCCACGAGUACACCAAGCCCAGCAUGGUUAACGAGAAGCCCACCCCUUCCUUCGGCUCUUACGAGUCUGCCCCUACCCCCGUCAAGGAUACCUACGAGUCUUACCCCGCUGAGGACUCUUACGAGGAGGGCACUGAGGAGGAGACUGAGGAGGAGACUGAGGAAGGUGACAUGUUCGGUGACCUUCUCGGUGGCAUCCUCCGCAAGAACUAA